CAAGGUCCCGUCUUCCCGUACCCGUGUUCGCGCUCAAAAGUCAAACGAAGAGCGUUAUUCCCGUGCUGAUCGUGUAGUAGAGUAGGGGAACGAGAUGACUGUUUAUCGCUGUUCUCGUUGUGAAGAGAAGAACCUUCGUUGUUUCGUAGAUACCGCCACUGGGCGUUGCGCUAGUUGUAUUUCCGUGAAAGCUAAGUGUAGUCUGUUUGUUUCUAAGGAAGAGUGGGAGAAGGUGCAGCAAGAGCGUGAGCAGAAGGAGCUCGAGGUUGCUCGGGCCGAGGAGGCCGCUGCGCGUCUUCGUCGUGAACUCUUGAAGGUGAAAUCUCGAGAGCGGUCUUUCGCUCGUCGUGAUCUUGCCAUUCUGGAGUUCCAGGAUCGUGCGAAAGAGAAAGCCGAGGGGAGCUCUGCCCCUGGUACGGACCUUCCAUCAACCGGACCUUCGCUACCCGCACAGUCGACUGACCUAGGCUGGUUACAGGCUGAUUCUUCUUCUUUCGAUCCUUUGUCCCUUGACUUCUUCCUAUCCUACGAGAAUCCAAUUCUCGCCUCUGUGGAUGUUUCUAAUAGUACUCACGUACUAGUGACUUGCAGUCUUUGAUUUCCUCGACCUCGUACUCAUCGUCUUCAAGCUCUAUAUCCGUUGCUAGCUCGGCGUCUAGAGGUGCUCUUUCUAGUAGUUUCUUAUGAAAGACAGGGUGAAUUUGCAUGCCUAGUAGGAGUUCUAACUUAUAAUUUACUUUCCUAACUUCCUCUAGGAUUUUAAAUAGUCCUACUUGGAGGUUGUCUAAUUUUCUGCAUAGUCGUUUAGUUUUCAGGUUUUGUCUUAACAAGAAAACUUUGUCCCCCUUCUUAAAGG